AAACGUGCAGAAUUUUUGCGCUUUCUUACACGAGCAGUACUGUGUGGACUUGUCUCUUAAACAAAGCCGUUGUUUUAGCAGCGUUUCUUUAUAAUCCAUCGCUAUUUCAGCUCUUCUUGGCUGUUGAUUUAUAGCGCAUCUCCGUCACACAAACAAGUUGUCUGACUAACAGAUUCAGUCACUGCCCUUGCCGUCCAGAAUAAAAGAGAACAUCCCAGUCGAGUGAAGGGAUUUGUGGAAACUUCUAAUUAUUGUGAUCCAACAUUUGCCUCGCAUUUCAGGAUGAAAGACAAACAUUUCAGGGAUGUAUGAUAGAGCGACAAAGAAGUUGGUCAAACAGAUAGAUCCUAAAGGCACUCUGAUUGCGACCUCCAGCUUGAAUGAUUCCAGAAAACUCAAGCCGCUUGCAGUGGUGCUGAAAGUCCAAAAAGUGUGGUUCUGGCAGCAAACCAAAUACAUACCCACACACUUCAAUCUUAAUCACCUGCUGGAUGGGGAAGGAAUUAAACCAGUAUGUGAGGAGGAAGAGUUUGUGAAGUAUAAGGGAACACACAUAAACACCAGGUCUGGAUCUGUAGAUUUGGGAGGUGCAGCUGUCAACCUAAAUGUGAAUGGACAGGGCUCAUCACAACUUCAUUUAUCUCUAGGGAAACUUCAGAAGGAAUGCGUGGAUAUUCCAAAACUAAUAAAUGACUCCAAAGGAAGGAAAUUGGACCUCACGCACUCUUUGAUCCAGCAGUCCCAAAAGAGGAACAAGGGUUUUACAAUCCUUACAGAGCGAAUCUUCACCACCUGCAACUGCUCAAUCUCUUGUAAAGAACUGGAGAAGGGUAGCUUCCAUGCCAUAUUUGGAGUGGGUUGUGUUGAGAUGUACAUGGAAGACACUGGAAAACUGCAGUGUGACUCUGAGACUGUAUUAGACAUCCCACCGAACACCGUGAUGGCUUACAGUGUCAUUGAAAUGAACAUUGACAAUGACGGAUACUUUGAUUUGUGGCUUGAGCCUUGUGGGCUAGAAGCAGAUGACAUUUCCCAGAAUCCCUUUCCCAUUUUAUCAGAGGUGGAUGGUCAACAGCCACUGAUCCAAGAAGGUGUCCCACUUGACACCCUGAAAAAUGCACUUGCAGAUGUUCAGACUAGCUUUUGUGCACUGGCUGACUUGUCUGCUGAGAGCCGUUCCUCCAUCCUGCUUCUGUUGAGGAAAAUUCUGUUGGACCGAUCUGUCUUGUCAGCUUUAGCGGAAAGAAUUAUGUUAAGCAGUGAUGAUACUCCAUGCUUCUUAACCAACGAGCUGUCUGAAAAACAGAGACAGAUUAUUGAGCCGUUUUUAGAUUUACUGAUGCGUGAACCACUUGACAAGAACGGACUUUCCACAUCAACGUCAUUGUCAGAUGGAUGUCAGAUAUCAACAGCCAAUCACAGUGAUCUUUCCUUGGAAUCUGAGUUUAAAGGAUCAAGCCACAAACCAGAAGAACAGAAUGGCUGUCACAACGCAGUAUCCAAUCAGAAAGCAUGCUCAACAAAAGCAAGCAAGCACAGCAUGAAGUUUAUGGAUGCCAUGCAAAUGCUGAUCAGCGCUCUUGAGGAGAUGACGGAUGCUGGACUGAACCUGCUAGAACAGUUCUGCACUUCUGAAGGUCUCAAAAGUCUACAGGAUUUAGUAAUUCAUCUGACUUCUAACUACACGGACACCAUCCCUGUUUUCCUACAAAGUGACGAUGAAUUCCACAGAGUGGAGGCACUUUUUAAGUCAUGUAAUGUUUUACUAAAGAAAGAGAAGGACACAUUAACCUCAGAAAUGACUUGCAGUGAGGGAUUCCUCCCUGUGUUACUGUGCAUUGCCAUCCAUGGCCUUGCUUCCCUAAGUGGUGCAUGACAUUGUUAAUGCUUUUUCUGAUGGCUAAAAUGGCCAAUUAAAGUGUGAAGUGUGUAAUUUUGAAAUAUUACCAUAAGUAAUGAAGAAAUUAAACUUUAGUUUUAAUGUUCCUUUGUGAAGACAUUUGCUUGAUUAUAUUUACCCACUUUGUUAAUUCCAUAAUAAUAAUCCAAAAACAAAUAUAUCCACACAUUUUAAAUAUUUAUGCAAAAAUUAUAUAUUUAUAUAUAUACAGGUGCUGGUCAUAUAAUUAGAAUAUCAUCAAAAAGUUGAUUUAUUUCACUAAUUCCAUUCAACAAGUGAAACUUGUAUAUUAUAUUCAUUCAUUACACACAGACUGAUAUAUUUCAAAUGUUUAUUUCUUUUAAUUUUGAUGAUUAUAACUGACAACUAAGGAAAAUCCCAAAUUCAGUAUCUCAGAAAAUUAGAAUAUUGUAAAAAGGUUCAAUAUUGAAGACACCUGGUGCCACACUCUAAUCAGCUAAUUAACUCAAAACACCUGCAAAGGCCUUUAAAUGGUCUCUCAGUCUAGUUCUGUAGGCUACACAAUCAUGGGGAAGACUGCUGACUUGACAGUUGUCCAAAAGACGACCAUUGACACCUUGCACAAGGAGGGCAAGACACAAAAGGUCAUUGCAAAAGAGGCUGGCUGUUCACAGAGCUCUGUGUCCAAGCACAUUAAUAGCGAGGCGAAGGGAAGGAAAAGAUGUGGUAGAAAAUAGUGUACAAGCAAUAGGGAUAACCGCACCCUGGAGAGGAUUGUGAAACAAAUCCCAUUCAAAAAUGUGGGGGAGAUUCACAAAGAGUGGACUGCAGCUGGAGUCAGUGCUUCAAGAACCACUAUGCACAUAUGUAUGCAAGACAUGAGUUUCAGCUGUCGCAUUCCUUGUGUCAAGCCACUCUUGAACAACAGACAGCGUCAGAAGCGUCUCGCCUGGGCUAAAGACAAAAAGGACUGGACUGCUGCUGAGUGGUCCAAAGUUGUGUUCUCUGAUGAAAGUACAUUUUGCAUUUCCUUUGGAAAUCAGGGUCCCAGAGUCUGGAGGAAGAGAGGAGAGGCACACAAUCCACGUUGCUUGAGGUCCAGUGUAAAGUUUCCACAGUCAGUGAUGGUUUGGGGGUGCCAUGUCAUCUGCUGGUGUUGGUCCACUGUGUUUUCUGAGGUCCAAGGUCAACGCAGCCGUAUACCAGGAAGUUUUAGAGCACUUCAUGCUUCCUGCUGCUGACCAACUUUAUGGAGAUGCAGAUUUCAUUUUCCAACAGGACUUGGCACCUGCACACAGUGCCAAUGCUACCAGUACCUGGUUUAAGGACCAUGGUAUCCCUGUUCUUAAUUGGCCAGCAAACUCACCUGACCUUAACCCCAUAGAAAAUCUAUGGGGUAUUGUGAAAAGGAAGAUGCGAUAUGCCAGACCCAACAAUGCAGAAGAGCUGAAGGCCACUAUCAGAGCAACCUGGGCUCUUGUAACACCUGAGCAGUGCCACAGACUGAUCGACUCCAUGCCACGCCGCAUUGCUACAGUAAUUCAGGCAAAAGGAGCCCCAACUAAGUAUUGAGUGCUGUACAUGCUCAUACUUUUCAUGUUCAUACUUUUCAGUUGGCCAAGAUUUCUAAAAAUCCUUUCUUUGUAUUGGUCUUAAGUAAUAUUCUAAUUUUCUGAGAUACUGAAUUUGGGAUUUUCCUUAGUUGUCAGUUAUAAUCAUCAAAAUUAAAAGAAAUAAACAUUUGAAAUAUAUCAGUCUGUGUGUAAUGAAUGAAUAUAAUAUACAAGUUUCACUUUUUGAAUGGAAUUAGUGAAAUAAAUCAACUUUUUGAUGAUAUUCUAAUUAUAUGACCAGCACCUGUAUAUUAUUUUCCCAGCCUGUAUAAAUGUUAAUAUAAACCUUUUGUGUCAUUUUGUUACUGUAAAUGUGUGGCAUUUGACUUGUGUAUCUCUCUAAAGAUAAAGAGCACAUGCAUAUAUUUUCUCUAAAAGCUUCUAUUUGAUUGUAUCAUACAGUUUUAUUAUUAAUAAAUGGAAAAGAGGAACAAAGA